AUGCAUUUCUCUAGCUGUGUGCUCGUCUCGGCUUUGGCCAUUGUUACCAAUGUUGCUACCGCCUCUCCUCCACCGCUCCAUCAGUUGAGCCGUCCUGCCCUCAAGGAUUCCACCAUCUUCCGCUCUACUGUCCACUGCGCUGAUUGCCCCGAGGGAAACUGCUACAAGUGCACUCUCGGCCAUAACAAUACUCUCAUCGCCAACACUGGCGGCAUGGCCUACCUCCGCGCUCUUGUUGGUUUCCAGCUCCCCGUUCCAGCCAAGAAGGUCAAGCAGUGCACCGUUCAGUUCCCCGCCUUCGUCAAGCUGAUGGAAGCCCCUAUCAACAUCACUGUCUCCGAAGCCAAGUCCAACGACUGGGACGAAGACACCGUCACUGGGGAGAACGCUCCCGAUUCCGGUGAACCUUUCAGCACCUCCCAUGUCCCGGCUUUGACCAACCCACCUGCUCUCGAUGCCACCGAGGCCUGCAAGAAUGCUGCUGAGAACGGCGACUUCUCCAUCUACGUUGGCGCUCAGUUCGGUCGUUUCGAGAUCUGGUCCAAGGAUUCUGGCAACCCAGCCAUUCUUCACACUUACUACAAGUGA